CUGACCUCAGUCCCGGCAGCUGCAUCCAGAAAUCAGUUUUAACUGCUGCUAUGUGGAAGGACUCCAGUAAUGAUGAUGCCAGGCCCGUGGCCUCCAGCGGCAGCUCGUCCCGCAGCGCCAGCCGCAGGAAAAGGACCAGCUUCUCCAAAGAACACGUGGAGCUUUUACGCACCACCUUUGAGACUGACCCGUACCCCGGCAUCAGCCUCCGAGAGAGCCUGUCCCAGACCACUGGCUUACCAGAAUCACGCAUUCAGGUGUGGUUCCAGAACCGGAGAGCUCGUACCCUGAAAUGUAAAGGAGCAAAAAAAGCUCUGUGGCAGUCCAACAGCCCACACCAUGACAUUUUUCCUCCAUCUCCAGGAGUUGCUAGCAAUGGGUCAACUGUCCCCAUGAGACCUCAAAGGCCGCCACCAGCAUACCCAGCACCCAUUAAGCAGGAAAUGGAAGAGGGAGCAUACUAUGGCCAGUGUCCUCCUGCUUACUCUCCCUCUGAGGUGCAAGGACAAUACAGCUCUAUAUUUGGGUUUCAACAGCAACUGGGCAGAACCUCGAGUCCAGCCAUGUGGGGUAUGUGGCCUAAGCCGGGCGCCCAGACCUCUCCUGUCUCACCUCUGUGGAGCAAAUCUUUGGAGAUGAUGAGCUUCAACUCAGUCUCCAACCAAGCAACCGCCUUGUAUCCGGAGCAGCAGAUGUACAGCAACUCCUCCUCCAGCUCCCAGUCCUCCACUCCAGAAACGCCUGAUUCUGGAUAUUGGGAUCUCAGCGCAGAUAACAGCCCACAAAUUGGAGGCCAGUACACGCAGCUGGAGAAGUCCUGGAACUGGAUGACUCUGGAGGAGAGCAGCGAGCCAGCGCAUCCAAAGCUGGUCCAGAAUACCCCCCUUCCUGUGCUGUCCCUGCAGGAGAUCAUGGGGGAGCUCAAUGAGGACUGGUUGGGAGGAGAAGGACCGGACAGAUGUGCAUCUGAAGAAAAAACAACUUUCUGCUGAUGCUUCUGUGUUAAGGUAUUAUUUUAGAUUUCUGGACAUUUGUAUAUUUCUUUAAAGAGCCCUGCUGUGAUAUUUGAAAUGAAAUCAACGUCAAACGUUCUUGUUUUUUUAACUCGGUAUUACUGCAGUUUUGGG